AUCGUUCCCAACCCUUCCCACCUAUCCCUUCCACAUUGCAGCCAUGGCGGGUGCUGAUGGGCAGGUAAACGCUGGGGAAGAAAAAAAGGCGGACUGUGGGAAGAAGAAAAUGAAAGAAGCGUCCGGUGAUGAAGGACGUGCAGAGCUGAAUCCUUGGCCUGCAUUUAUCAAUGAGCGUUUAGAGAUGUACAAUAAACUUAAAGCUGAGCACGAUGCACUUCUUGCAGAACGAGCUGCUAAUGAUAGUAAACCCAUUAAAGUUACAUUACCUGAUGGCAAGCUGGUUGAUGCUGAGUCCUGGAAGACAACGCCUUAUCAAAUUGCUUGUGGAAUUAGUCAAGGCUUAGCUGACAACACUGUUAUUGCUAAAGUGAAUAAGAUGGUUUGGGAUUUAGACCGUCCUUUGGAGGAGGAUUGCACCUUGGAGCUGCUCAAGUUUGAGGAUGAAGAGGCUCAAGCAGUAUACUGGCACUCAAGUGCUCACAUAAUGGGUGAAGCUAUGGAGCGAAUCUAUGGUGGAUGUUUGUGCUAUGGACCACCAAUAGAAAAUGGGUUUUAUUACGACAUGUUCCUUGAGGAUGGAGGUGUGUCAAGUAAUGACUUCUCUGCUUUGGAAACGCUGUGCAAAAAGAUCAUGAAGGAAAAGCAACCCUUUGAAAGACUGGAAGUUAAGAAGGAAACACUACUUGAAAUGUUUAAGUAUAACAAAUUCAAGUGUCGCAUCCUGAAUGAGAAGGUCAGUACUCCAACUACAACAGUAUACAGAUGUGGUCCCUUGAUAGAUUUAUGCAGAGGACCUCAUGUUAGACAUACUGGCAAGAUAAAGAGCAUAAAAAUUCAUAAGAAUUCAUCUACCUACUGGGAAGGCAAGGCUGAUAUGGAAACUCUCCAGCGAAUCUAUGGAAUUUCAUUCCCAGAUGCAAAAAUGUUGAAGGAAUGGGAAAAAUUCCAGGAGGAGGCUAAAAACAGAGAUCACAGGAAAAUUGGACGGGAUCAAGAACUCUUUUUCUUUCAUGAGCUCAGCCCUGGUAGUUGUUUUUUCUUACCAAAAGGAGCUUACAUAUAUAAUACCUUAAUUGAAUUUAUCCGGAGUGAGUAUCGAAAACGUGGAUUCCAAGAGGUUGUCACUCCAAAUAUUUUCAACAGUAAACUAUGGAUGACUUCAGGGCACUGGCAGCAUUACAGUGAAAACAUGUUUUCCUUUGAAGUGGAGAAGGAAAUAUUUGCUCUGAAGCCAAUGAACUGUCCAGGACACUGCCUUAUGUUUGAUCAUCGUCCAAGAUCGUGGCGUGAGCUGCCAUUACGGUUGGCUGAUUUUGGUGUUCUGCAUCGAAAUGAACUGUCAGGAGCUCUUACGGGACUCACUAGAGUACGUCGGUUCCAGCAGGAUGAUGCUCACAUAUUCUGUUCUGUGGAACAGAUAGAAGAGGAGAUAAAGAGCUGUCUCCAGUUCUUGCGUGCUGUUUAUGAUGUCUUUGGAUUUUCCUUUAAACUGAACCUCUCUACUCGUCCUGAAAAGUAUCUGGGAGAUAUUGAAGUGUGGAAUCGAGCUGAGAAGCAACUGGAAAACAGCCUUAAUGACUUCGGUGAGAAGUGGGAGUUGAACCCUGGUGAUGGAGCUUUUUAUGGACCUAAGAUUGACAUUCAGAUUAAAGAUGCCAUUGGACGCUACCACCAGUGCGCUACAAUCCAGCUAGACUUUCAGCUGUCAAUCAGAUUUAACCUCACCUUUGUUAGCCAUGAUGGUAAUGACAAGACAAGACCAGUUAUCAUUCACCGGGCUAUCCUGGGAUCUGUGGAGAGAAUGAUCGCCAUUUUAACUGAAAACUAUGGAGGCAAAUGGCCUCUCUGGCUGUCUCCACAGCAGGUAAUGGUAGUACCAGUGGGACCAACAUGUGAUGAAUACGCUCAAAAGGUCAGACAGCAAUUCCAUGAUGCUGGGUUAAUGGCAGAUAUUGAUGUAGAUCCUGGGUGCACACUGAACAAGAAGAUCAGAAAUGCUCAACUUGCACAGUAUAACUUUAUUCUGGUUGUUGGUGAAAAGGAAAAGGCAAGUGGAACAGUUAACAUCCGUACCAGAGAUAACAAGGUGCAUGGUGAGCGUACAAUUGCUGAUACUGUGAAGAGACUGCUGGAACUGAAAUGUUCUCGCUCCAAACAAGCUGAAGAGGAAUUUUAACACCACCUGUUCCACCUGAUGUAACAUGAUUCUAGUCUUCCUAACUCAGUUAACCACAGGGUUAUUUGUAAUGUACCAGAUUUGCAGACAUGUUCUGUCAGACGUGUCUCUUUUUGUAAAAAUCAGUUUCUCACAAACCUUGAAGUAAAAUUUCCUGUCCUCUAAACACUGACAGACGAAGCAAGAUAAAAUGACUUUCUGUGACUGCAAGGGAAAAUGGAAAUAUUAAUCAGGGAUACCUACUGUGUUCUACCUACCCUAUUAAAAAUAAAAUAUGUUUUGGUAACAAA